ACAGACGCGCCGAUCAAGGGCAGUCGAUCGUGACGGUCAUGGGCAAGUUUGUGCUCCGCUGGGACUGAUUUGUCUCGGGAAAGUUGACUUACACGGCCAGGUGAGGGAGUACACUACCUGUUUCUGAGUGGGAGAGUUUUGAAGCCGGUUACCCUCUCACACACAAGCCUCCGUCCGCGCGCCCCGGGGUGUAAUGUGACACCAGACCGGCAGCACACCUGUCCGACAGGUUCCAGGUGACCCACGACGCGCACGUACGUACGUUACCUGUGUUACCUGGGCGGAACAUGCCACGCCUGGCCGCCUGCUCUGCGGUGUUUGCACUGGUUGUUCUGGUCGGCUACCUUUACGUCACAGAGAAACAACCCGUGUCUGUUAUGUCCGCCAUCAUGCGAGCCAUGGAGGGGGACGACUGGGAAAUAGAAGAUCUUCUCCCGAAGGAAAUCGGCAGGCAAUCUCAAUCUCAGAGGGAGGAGGACUCCGAUGACAGCUACCACUCCUCCUCAGACGACGACGACGAAGACGCUUUGCUGAGACCGUCUCGGAAGAAAUUACCGUCGUCUUCUCUGUGGCAGAAGUACAGCCGCGUCUUGAACCGAGCGUCGCUGUGUCUCUGCGCGGCGGUGCUGGCCUGCUUGGCGCUGGGGUCGGCGGCGGUGAUCUACUCGUACCGGAGCCAGCCCAGGCCGGAGUUACACUGGUGGCAGCGGGCGGUUAUCUACCAGAUCUACCCCAGGUCGUUCCAGGACAGCAACGGCGACGGGAUAGGCGAUCUCAGGGGUAUCGAGAGGCGGGUAGACUACCUGGAGUACCUGGGAGUGGAAGCCGUCUGGCUCAGCCCAAUCUUCAAGUCUCCCAUGAAGGACUUCGGCUACGACGUGUCGGACUUCACCGACAUCGACCCCAUCUUCGGCACCAUGGCGGACUUCGACAGCUUGUUGAAAGCCCUGCAUGCCAGAGACAUGAAGCUGAUUCUGGACUUCGUGCCGAACCACACGAGUGACCAGCACCACUGGUUCGUCUGGAGCUCCGGCAGUCGGGACGAGUCCAACCCGUACAGGGACUACUACGUGUGGGCGGACGGCAGGGACGGGGGGCCGCCGAACAACUGGGUGAGCGUGUUCGGGGGCCCAGCCUGGACGUACGUCGCGUCACGUGACCAGUGGUACCUUCACCAGUUCUUACCGGAACAACCUGACCUGAACUUCCGGUGUCCGGACGUCAGGAGACACAUGGAGAACGUGCUCCGGUUCUGGCUGGAGAAGGGCGUGGAUGGGUUCAGGCUAGACGCCGUGAAACACCUGGUGGAGACCGCGGACCUGUCCUGGCACGAGCCACCCAACCCCGGUUACGUGUCGGACCCAGAGGAAACACUGGAGCAGUACGGCAGCCUGCUCCAUCCGUGCACCACCAACCUGGAGGAGACUCACGCCGUCAUACGGGAGUGGAAGGCACUUCUGGACCAGUACAGCAAGAAAGGGUCUUACAGGUUCAUGAUAACCGAGGUGUACGAUGACGACAUGAGGGUGCUGAUGACGUACAACAGAGAAGCCGACAUGACCUUCAACUUUAACCUGCUGGGGCUGGGGUCCGGUGCGCAUGCGCCGGGAAACCACACGCGCCGAUUGGUGGAGAGCUGGAUGUCCAACAUGACGGACGGGCAGUGGCCAAACUGGGUGAUCGGUAACCAUGACAACCACCGCGUGGCUACCCGGGUAGGACCGCAGUACGCACGCGCGGCGAACAUGCUGCUGCUGCUGCUUCCGGGAACGCCCUUCUGUUACUAUGGCGACGAGAUCGGCAUGGAGGAUGCCAGGGUGUCUUACAACGACACGAAGGACACGUUCGCACUCAACAAUCCGGAGACGUACGAGACGAAGAGCCGCGACCCGGAGCGCACGCCCAUGCAGUGGAACCGCACGGAAAACUCGGGUUUUACCGACGCCGGGGUCCGACCGUGGUUACCCCUGCACGACAACUAUCACAGGCUCAACGUACAGGUGUACUGUCUAACCUUUAUCAAUGUUUUAUUUCCGCAGACGCAACGCGCGCACCCACGAUCCAUCCUACACUUAUUCCGCGCUCUGGUGGAACUCAGAAAAGAGCCGACCUUCCUGUACGGCACGAUUCGCUACUUCCUCUCGACGCCGAACAUCUUCGCCUUUUCUCGGACGCUUCGCGGGCGGCCGACGUAUCUGGUGGCGAUGAACCUUGGCGGGAAAUCGGAGACGCACAGCUACUACUCCUGGUGGGACGGCUGGCCCAGAGAGGCGGCGGUCGUUCUGACGAGCGACAUGGACAGGGAGGGGGAGAUGUUAGACCUGAAGGCACUGACGUUACGGCCGGGAGAGUGCGUGGUUGUGAAGUGGGGAAGGGCGUGGAACUGACUUUGAGAAAAA